GGCUCUUAUCUGGAGUAUUGUUACCUAUGACUAUUAGUAUCUCUUAUCUCUUAGGAGGUGUCACCGUUAUACAAUUGAUAAGAAUUCAUCGUAUUCUGUUGUAAUCAUAGAACAAAAGCUAAUAAAAUUUGAAUUCUACUGUGCAGAUUUAGUGAAAAUUAAUAGAAGAUGGUUCUACGUCAUCACGUUAAAGGAUACGAAAAUUUUUUUGAAUUUAUGAAGAAAUUCCAAGCUGAUCAAUCAGUUUAUGUUAUUUACACUGGUACAAAACUUCCUAACGGUGAUAGCUGGUGUUCAGAUUGUGUUGAAGCUAAACCUUUUAUAGAAAGAGGAUUCAAAAAAGCACCUGAAAACGUACAUUUAGUUGAAGUUGAAGUUGGAGAUCGUCCCUAUUGGAAGAAUCUAAAUUGUCCAUUUAGAACAAAUCCCACUACAAAGUUAAGAGUUUUGCCAACUGUGGCAAAAUGGGGUACACAAAAAAGACUAGAAGGUGAUCAAUGUAUGGACCUUGAUCUCAUUGAUAUGUUGUUAAAUGAUGAUGAUUAAAAAUCAGGAUGAUUAAUUCUUCAAGUCCCUUAUGAUAAUCAUCACGGUUGAACUUUUUAUAUUGUAAUAUUACUUUUUAUUAUCAGAAACCUUCGUAGGAUUUCUUAUACUUUUUUUUUUUUCACAAAUGUUCCUACCUUUAUGGUAAACAUAUAUGUAAUUAAUUGCAAUGCAUGUGUAAAUAUAAUGAUAGUAUUACAGUUACCAUAAAUGGAACACUACAUCUGUAAUGAAUAAGUCAAAUUUAUAAAAUUUGUAAAAAUUUUCUGGAAUGAUUUUUGAUACUUAGGUAUAAAUACAGAAUGUAAUAGUAACAUAA